UGUGCAAAAUUAUUCAACCUCUCGAUUUAUAAUGGCCAUAUAUCUUACCUAUAUUAAACUCAACUAAAUUCUAACUAACUCUACUUCUUCACAUUAUAAAUAUGUAUAAUUUAUAAGAAACACAAGAUUGUUCUCACUUAGCUAGUAAUUAAUUUCACUUAUACAUAUACAUAAUUAUAAUAUGGCUUCCAUAACUGUGGACCAAAUUCGAAAGAGCCAGCGUGCUGAUACUCCGGCCGCCAUUCUCGCCAUCGGCACGGCCAAUCCGGCCAAUUUUGUGACCCAAGCUAAUUAUCCCGAUUACUACUUCAACGUCACCAAAAGCCAACACAUGACUAACCUCAAAAAUAAGUUUCAACAUAUAUGUAAUAACACGACAAUAAGAAAACGUUACACACACUUAGAUGAAGAGUAUUUGAAGCAAAACCCAAACAUGUGUGAGUACAUGGCACCAUCCCUAAAUGCACGUCAAUCCAUGUUGGUCACAGAGGUUCCCAAGCUUGGAAAAGAAGCUGCCAUGAAGGCCAUCAAAGAAUGGGGACAACCCAACAAAUCUAAGAUCACACAUCUAAUCUUUUGCACCAUGUCCGGUAUCGAUAUGCCCGGUGCCGACUACCAUUGCGCAAAGCUUCUCGAACUCGAACCAACCGUAAAGCGUGUGAUGUUGUAUCAACACGGUUGUCACGGCGGCGGAACCGUUCUACGCCUCGCAAAGGAUUUAGCAGAGAAUAACAAAGGUGCUCGAGUUCUCGCUGUGUGUUCUGAUAUCAUGGCUUUCAUGUUUCGUGGGCCUACUAAGUCUCAUUUAGCUUCCAUGGUGGGACAAGCUUUGUUUGGAGAUGGAGCUUCAGCAGUUAUUGUUGGUGCUGAACCCAAUGAGUCAAUGGGGGAAAGACCCAUAUUUGAGUUAGUAUCAGCUGCGCAAACGAUCUUGCCAAACUCAGACAAAGCCAUCAUUGGAAAUGUUAGGGAAAUGGGGUUGACAUUUGACUUACGUAAAGAUGUUCAUUUGUUGAUUUCUAACAACAUUGAGAAGAGUUUGAUGGAGGCAUUCACUCCAAUUGGGAUUAGUGAUUGGAACUCCUUAUUUUGGAUUACACAUCCAGGUGGACCAACUAUUCUGAAUGCAGUGGAAGCUGAACUUGAGUUGAAGAAAGAGAAGUUGGAAAUUUCACGUUAUGUGCUAAGUGAGUAUGGAAACAUGUCAAGCUCAUGUGUGUUUUUUAUAAUGGAUGAAUUGAGAAAGAGAUCGUUGAAGGAAGGGAAAUCCACCACUGGGGAUGGGUUUGAGUGGGGUGUUCUUUUUGGGUUUGGCCCUGGCUUGACUGUGGAGACACUAGUCUUACAUAGUGUGGCCAUCAAGAACUAAUUAGUAAAAAUAUUAGAAUUGGUAUAAGCUAAAAUUUUCAUGAUGUUUUUGUCCUAAGACUUUUAAUGGUGUGGCUUACGUUUUAGCUAAGGUAGUUUUUUCUUUGAAUGAUCAUUAUGUAUGGUGGUUUGGCUACUCUGAUUGUAUUACUGAUGCUUUUAAAUAAAUUGUUAUGAUUAAUAGUAUUGUCUGGUACUCUUUUUCUA